AUAACAAAGCUGUAUCCCGAUUACGUGCCAUCAAAACGCCUGCAAGAACUCGAACACUCCUUAAAUUACUUAGAACAUGCGAAAACGCGUUUAACUUUGGACCAAAAUUUAAACUAUCCAUUAAAUUACACCGGAAUCAUCAAUCCAAUAUAUGACGUUAAAAUGCCUAAGGAUAAAUUCGUAGUUAAAAGAACGAAAUCAUUGGGCAGAACGUACAGUUCUAGGAAUUUAGGCUUAGAGAUAACAAGGUAUAACCUAACGUUAGGUCCUAAAGACGGGAAGAAGACUAACGAUGUGGUCACAGCUAUGAACGGUACAAGUGGGGAAACUGGAUUGGAUUUCAAAAGCAAUUUCUUCCAUAGAUAUGCCACUGAUAAUGUAGUUGGAGAUUCGUAUAAAAUCAGUCGGGUUACUGUUGAUUGA